AUGGACCCGGCGCAAAGCCGGAAGAGGAGGCGGAGGAGGCGCCAGGAUAAACUUCCCAUCUCGGCACGUCUCGCUCUUGACGACCAUGUCCGCAGAGAUGUAGGCAUCUUGUCCGAAGACUUGUUUGCCGACCUCUUCCCCCACCUGUCCCCGGAUGAGGUGCACGAAGACGAUGUCUACUACGUUGCCAUAUCCCCCUGGAUGCCUGGCGCUACCCCCGAGUCCAUCGACUGGACCAUCGUCGCUGUAACAAGGUCGACCGCUCUGUCACACUCCACCGUCCAAUUCUCCCCUUCAGCUUCGGCCCUUGCCCUGCAAACCUUUGCGACAAGCUUGCAGCGUGUCGCACCCUCGAAGCUGUCAAGCCACAGCAGAAGCGGCAUCGAUAUCCUGGUGCUCGACGCACUCGCUCUGUCACUUGACACCGUAUUCGUCAGCCUUGACGGGGAGCUGGCCAAGCGCUUGGAACAUGGAGAAGGUGUCUUUCAUAGGGAACACCCUACCGGCAAGGCUCCUGCUGCACCAUCGUCGCCGGAGCAAAAGCUUGCCGCCGCCGUCAGAGCUGCAUUGGGCACGCUAAGGGUCGUACACGCCGGGGAUUUGUUUCCCUUGCCUUUGCCGCCGCACCCCAUAACCCAUGUUCCCCCGAACCCAGGGAAGGUCACCCUCUGCGAGCCCGUUGCGCAGGGCAUCCUGUCGCCGAACACCAAGAUCAUAGUCUCCUCUGGUCGCUCUCCUUCAAAAGGGAACCGUGACAGAGGUUCCCGCCAGUCUAGCCGGAUGCUCGACGGUGUGGCCGAGGCAGAUGAGGAUACAGCAAAUGACGCAUUCUUCUCGGCAGCCGAAGAGCGUUACAAGACAGAAGCCAGUGAAACUGCGGACGAGAGUGCUGCCACUAGCGCAUCCGAAACGGAGCUGUCCUCGGGCGACAAUGACGACCUGUCGGAUGACUCACUAGACGAUAUGAUAUCAUUACAAGCACCAAUGCUUCCGAGCAAUGCCAGUGGAAUAUCCACUGUACAGGCUGGUACGCCGAUGACUAUUGGUCGUGGGAGAAAGACCAACGGUAUUGCUACGCCCGGGUCUGUCUUUUCGUCCUUCACGGCCACUACUGCGCGCCAAGAUCGGCCCCGCGGUCGCUUGUUCAAGGCCCAGGGGCUUGUGAAGCCUAUACCGGCCGAGCUGCUGCACCCAAAGCCAUCGGCUGAGGACGAUGAUGAAGCUCAUAUCUACGUGGACGUGAGUCACCUGUCAAGAAUUGGCUGUUUCUCUGGUGAUUGGGUCCGUGUGGAGGCUUCAGCUGCCCCUCCUGCGAAUGGGUUUGGUCCCUUUGCUCUGGGUGGUUUUGGAGAGCCAGAGGCCCAGGAGCCAGUUUGGAGACCUGCAAGGGUUUUUGGGUUGCCAGAAGGGUAUUCCAACCGACCAGUCAGCCGGAUACCGAGCUCCAAGCACCGCGGCCGCAGCUUGUCUUUCUUCGAAUCCCAAGUGCAGAAGUCUUCUGGUCCCUUGGCGUAUGCAUCCCCUAUACUACUGGCGAAUCUUGAUCUUCCGUCCCACCUACGUUUGUUGCCGCUCAAGCGAACCAUACCACAUCACGGCAACGGGCCACAGUCUCAGGCGACAGCCAUCGUGCAACCACCGUACGCGCGGGGCGUUGUUGUCCAACAAGUGCGGACUCCGCUGACGUCUUCAAAAGAUGUCGAGGUUGCUGUGAUUGCUGGGCUCAAGUGGCACUUUGAGAAAAAGCUCCGUGUCAUCAAGGCCGGCGAUUUGAUAGCAGUGCCUAUAGACACUCAGCUUGGCCGUACAAUGAGAGAGACUUCAAACGGCGAAGGCUCUGCCAUAGACAACAUCUUAUCCCUGGCCGAAAGCUCCAACGGCGGAACGGCGGCCAGCCGAGGGGGGCUCAAAUAUGAUGAGGUAGCUUGGUUCAAGGUGUCUCACGUGCAGACGCAAAAACAGGAUGCUGCCGACCAGGACGACGAUCUCUGGGGCUCUGCAGCCUGUGUCGAAACGACCAUGGCGCACUUUGAGUCCUCGGGCAUGGUCAACGGGCGGGUUCCUGGCGUCAAGGACAGCAACUGGCCCUACUACCUGGGUCUUGUUACCCCGCCGAAUCCUGGUCUGGACUCUUUACCCGUGGCAAUUUGUGAGCCGGCUCCAAGACACAUCUCUGCGCUUCGCAGGCGUAUGCGCAGCCUGCUGGCCGCGGCGACCAGCAAGAGGGCUAUACACCUCAAAGCACCGGCUGUGGCCAUCUUGCUAGUUUCGACCCAGCGUAAUAUCGGAAAGGCCACCCUGGCUACCGACACAUGCCGCGAUAUCGGGCUGCACACAUUUACAAUCAAUGCUUACGACAUUCUCAACGAGGGAGGCGGCGGCGGCAGCGAUGUCAAGACCGACGGCACUCUGAAGGCGCGGGCUGAACGGGCACUAAGCUGCGGGCCUGAAUGCUGCGCGUUGUUGAUACGGCACAUCGAGGCUCUCACUGCAGACCGAAUGGCCACCUCCUUGAGGAGCAUCCUCUCUGAUGCCAGAGUCCUGAUUGCUACUACGACAGAGCCUGACAAGAUACCUGAUGGCGUGCGUGGUCUCUUCACGCACGAGCUGGAGAUGACGGCUCCCGACGAAGGCGAACGUGAGGGCAUCCUCCGCUCCAUAGUAGACCAGCGUGGCAUAAAUCUGGAUCCUGGUGUUGACCUCGGGGCUGUAGCCCUCAAGACCGCUGCCUUGGUAGCCGGAGACCUGGUUGAUGUGAUCGACCGUGCCAUUGUCGCUCAGCGCUCUCGGCUCGAGUCGCUGGCAGAGAGGGCGAGCCAGAACAGACAGGGAAACCAGCCGGCUGUGACACUCCGAGACGUGCAGGUUGCGGGCGGCACAGCUGUUAGAGGUCUGACCAAGGGUGACCUGGACACGGCCGUCGAAGCAGCGCGCAAGAACUUUGCCGAUGCCAUCGGUGCACCCAAGAUUCCCAGCGUGACCUGGGACGACGUCGGUGGCUUAGGAAACGUCAAGGACGCAGUAAUGGAGACGAUUCAGCUCCCGCUUGAACGACCAGAGCUAUUUGCCAAGGGCAUGAAGAAGCGGUCCGGAAUACUCUUUUACGGUCCUCCCGGAACAGGCAAGACACUGCUGGCCAAGGCCAUUGCCACCGAGUACAGCCUCAACUUCUUCAGCGUCAAGGGACCCGAGCUUCUCAACAUGUACAUCGGCGAGUCCGAGGCCAACGUGCGCCGUGUCUUCCAGCGGGCGCGUGACGCGAGACCUUGUGUGGUUUUCUUUGACGAGCUCGACUCGGUCGCGCCCAAGCGUGGAAACCAGGGCGACAGUGGCGGUGUCAUGGACCGUAUCGUCUCUCAGCUGCUUGCCGAGCUGGAUGGCAUGUCUUCUGGCGACGACAGCGGGGGUGGUGUGUUUGUGAUUGGUGCCACCAACAGGCCUGAUCUGCUGGAUCAAGCGCUCCUUCGACCGGGCCGAUUCGACAAGCUGUUGUACUUGGGCGUGUCGGAUACGCACGAAAAACAGUUGACAAUCAUGGAGGCGCUGACCAGGAAAUUCACACUUCACCCUUCGGUAUCCCUGCGGGCCGUGGCGGAGAAGCUGCCAUUCACAUAUACAGGUGCAGACUUCUAUGCACUUUGCAGCGAUGCCAUGCUCAAAGCAGUCACGAGGCAAGCGUCACAUGUUGACGCCAAGAUCAAGGCCAUGAGCGCCGAGAGGAAGCAGGAGAUCACCACGGCCUACUUCUUCGACCACUAUGCCACCCCCGAGGACAUUGAUGUUAUGGUGACCGAGGAGGACUUGUUGGCUGCGCAUGAGGAGCUGAUUCCCAGUGUGAGUGCCGGCGAGCUGGCGCACUACGAGCGGGUCAGGGCGACCUUUGAAGGUGGGAGAGAUAAGCAGCAGCAGCAGCAGAGAAAAGACUUGGGCGCGAGGACGGUGUCCGGCGCCUCGUCAGCGAGAGGCAAGGGUAAGGGGAAAGGCAAGGCGAUUGCUUCAUCGUCCAGCGGCGAGGAGGAGGAGGAUAGGCAAGAUGGCGUCAACGGGAGGGCUAAUAAGGGCAAGGGCAAAGCAGUAGCAUCGGGGUACGGGUCAGGGGGCGAUGAUGAGGGCUUGUAUGAUUGCGGAUAA